CACGACUGUAUCAUAGUUUGUCUCCCUGUCGAUCUAGGCCCCAAGCCAAAUUCCACUACAGUACAUCGGUCGACCUAGAAUUACCUUGUUGACAUGGACGUCAAAGAGUCCUCGCCUGCUGGGUCUGGGAAUGCCAGUCCUUUCGUUCAUCCUGAUCGACAGAUGAGUAUUGUUAGUACGUCGGCCGAUGCCCCAGGCUCUAGCGCUGCCGGCCGUACCGGCACGAGUGAAACUGUGGGAAAUCCUAGAGGGGAGGGUCCGAGCGGGGGCGAGCCUGUCACGAAGAGGCAGAGAACCUUGGGCAACGAAGAAAAGAAGCGUGGGCAACGAUUAUUCGGGAAUUUGUUGGGUACUCUGAACCGAUUCACGAAAGAGGAAAAGUCACAAGCUGCUAGUGACAGGGCCAAAGCAAGACAAGAGGUCGCGGCUAGGGUUGCCAACAAGUUGCAGGGCGAAUCGAAACGAGUUCACGAGAUCAACGAGCAUGAAAAGGAGGUCAAGUCCGCUCGCCUGGAGUACGAAAGGGUCCAGAACGCCCUAAGAGAGGCAGAGAUGGAGGCAAGAGUCAAGGCGCAGCAUCUGCCGUACGUUUCCGGCUUUUUGCUGACCGGUUCUAGCUGGGUGGACAAGGCCAACGGGUCGGGAGCUCUGAUCAUGGCAUUGGGACCGCCUCAAGAUGCAACGAUGGCGGGUAAACCGAAGCCCUUGUACUACCGACCUCGAAAACUCCUUCCGGAACAAGAAGACGUGCUCGACGAUCAGGAAGCCAAGGCUCGUGAGAUCAUCAAGGAGGAUGAGGUCGCCCUGGAUAAGCUUCGUGCAGAGACCAAGGAAAAGCUGGCCGCCUUGUCUGAGAAGCGUACGACUGCACAAGAAAAGCUCGACGGGUUCCGGCAGCAGGACGAGGACAAGAAGAUCGAGAACCUCGCCAAGAGUAUGGACAUCGACCAGGGGAGUGCGCCGAGCAUCGCGAUCAAGGGAGAGGCGGGCGAGGUGCCGGUCGGUGAGAAGCCGAAGGAGGACGUGGACGAGAGCAAAAUCGUCAAGGACGACGUCGAUGUGGAGAUGGACGUCGAUGACGCUGGUCGUGGUGGCCGUGAGGGCGACGAAGUCGAGUAUUGAUGAGUAUUUGUUCUGGCUAUCACUCUGAAAAGGUUCGGUCCAAGUGGUCGUCGAGGACCCGUUUUGUGUGUUCUUGUCUUUACGAUCUCAUCUUACGAUGUUCUAUCAUGACA